AUGCCGAAACGUCAUCGCUCCCAAGUGUCCACACCUUCCGACGAAAUGGACUACGAGAACACCAUGGAUGGCCACCCGCGUCCAAAGCGCCUGAAGCGAUUCUCGUCGUCCCCACUGCCUACCACGUACAAUUCCUCCAGCGAGACGAUGGGGACCGAAUCAAAAGGCAGCUAUUCGAGCGAUGGAAAUGUUUUUGCUUCGCUCUCCAAACGUGUAAACCAAUUGAGUUCAGACUAUGAAGAGAUGAAGGCAAAGUUGGCCAAGGAGCGUGCCUCAAACGCGAAGCUCCGGAGCAUGAUAGAAUCAUUGCUCGCCUGCCUCCAGUCCUCGCUGAACAUGAUGCAUAUGUUUUUGGACAAACUCAGACGCGAAAGACAAGAGAAUAAAUGA